AUGGAACUUUCCCAAAAUACCCCUGAGGCUAUUUUUGUCCCCAGUUCUCAGUUACGGUUUGAUAAUGGUAGAUGGUCAAGAUAUAAGAACUUUACAAGUCCAUUUGGAACAUUACUUUACAGGCCAAUAAAAUUGCCAAAAUCAACCUCGUUGCUACAGGAAAGGAUCUCAUGGAUGAUGAAAAACAAGGAGACGUAUUAUUACUGUUUGCAGGGGCUGUUUCAUCCGGCCAGGAAGGUGAGGGAGGUGUAUUGGAAGAUUUACAAUUCGUUGUAUAUUGGGGCUCAGGAUGCACUUGUCGCGGCUUAUCUUGUUUUAGAGGAUGAAGGGGAGAAUGUCUACAGUAGGCCUGAGUUGACCUUGUUUAUCUGA